GCAUACGCUCAAAGCUACCUGGGUAAGAUCCAAAAUGGCUUCCCGCGUGCUGAAACCGGUGUAAGGGCUACAGGGAAGUUUCGCGCUGUCAUCUCCUUGAAGGCCAAACCUGGUCCACUUUCUAGGGCUCAUUUGAUGUGCUGUUCAGAGGAUUAGCCGAGGGCAAUGUCAGGGGCCCUCUUUUGGAGGGCUGGUAGGGGCCUGUGCGGCUUGGUGACCUUGGCUUGCAGAAACUUCUCGCUGGGUGUUCCUGGAUUGUCCCGUAUAAGGCUCACUCUGCCGCCUCCCAAAGUGGUUGAUCGUUGGAACGAGAAGAGGGCCAUGUUUGGAGUAUAUGACAACAUCGGCAUCCUAGGAGACUUUGAAAAACACCCCAAAGACCUGAUCAGGGGCCCCAGAUGGCUUCGAGGUUGGAAGGGAAAUGAGUUACAGCGAUGUAUCCGAAAGAAGAAAAUGGUUGGAAAUAGAAUGUUCAUUGAUGACCUGCAUAAUCUUAAAAAACGUAUCAGCUAUCUCUACAAACACUUUAAUCGUCGUGGGAAGUACCGAUAGAAGAAAAACUGUGGAAGAGGCACAUUUAACUCCCUGGAGAAGAGGGACAGGAUUUUUCCCUAUGAGGAAAGCUAAUAAAAUGGAGCUUUGGGAUCUAA